GCAUCAAAGUGUAUAAAUUGUAUGCUAUGAUUUACAUAAAUCUUCAGCUUCACUUCUAAGAUGCGACUUUUCUCCCACAAGAUAUGUUUACGUAGAUCAUGGCAUCUAAUGAUGUUCAAUUUAAUUUUCUAAUUAAAAUUUAACAGCAAGAGUUUUUUUUCUUUUUCCUUACCAUAUUUGUUUAAAUAAAAAUGCCAGCGGGUAACAAAGUUUAUAUAAAUGACACACGUGUGGGCUCAUAGCCAGAUAAGGUCGUUUCCUCAUACUCAGACUCACAACAAUCUACCUUUCACCUUCUUCUUCUUCUUCUACCUCAGACUUUGCACUCUCUCUGAGUUUUUUUUUUCUCUGUAAUAUUCGAAAUUCGUUUUUUUCCGAUCGUUUAAAUGCCGAGGAGUUUAGAGCCGUUGGAUCUCGGAAUUCAGAUUCCGUACCAUUUCCGGUGUCCAAUCUCACUGGAGCUGAUGCGUGACCCGGUCACCGUCUGCACCGGUCAAACCUACGACCGAGCGAGCAUCGAGUCAUGGGUCUCAAUCGGCAACAACACGACCUGCCCGGUCACACGAGCUCCUUUAACCGACUUCACACUCAUCCCAAACCACACUCUCCGCCGCCUAAUCCAGGAAUGGUGCGUCGCUAACCGCUCCAACGGCGUCGAGCGAAUCCCUACUCCCAAACAACCCGCCGAUCCAACCUCCGUUCGUGCUCUCCUCAGCCAAGCCUCCGCCAUUUAUGGACCUCACGUCUCCGUCCGCUCUCGCUCCGCCGCUCUCCGCCGUCUCCGUGGAUUCGCUCGCGAUUCCGAGAAGAACCGCGUCUUGAUCGCCGCUCAUAACGCCAAAGAGAUUCUGAUUAGGAUCUUGUUCUCCGAUGACUCUCCGGAGGUCGUCUCCGAGUCGCUCGCUCUCCUUGUUAUGUUUCCGAUGACGGAACCAGAUCAGUGCGUCUCGAUCGCUUCGGAUCCGGGUCGGGUCGAGUUUCUGACCCGGUUACUGUUCGAUUCCUCGCUCGAAACGCGCGUUAACGCCGCCGCGUUGAUCGAGAUGGUCUCGACGGGAUCGAAAUCGCCCGAUCUGAAAGGAAUGUUCUCGAAUUCGGAAUCUGUUUUCGAAGGAGUUCUCGAUCUUCUCAGGAAUCCGAUUUCUUCGUACCCGAGACGAGCUCUCAAAAUCGGAAUCAAGACCUUGUUCGCGCUCUGCCUUCCGAAAAACACGCGUCACAUCGCCGUCUCCGCCGGCGCGCCGGAGAUUUUAAUCGACAGGCUCGCGGCGGAUUUCGACAGGUGCGAUACGGAGCGAGCUCUAGCGACGGUGGAGCUGCUUUGUCGACUGCCGGAGGGAUGCGCGGCGUUUGGUGAGCACGCUUUGACGGUGCCGCUUCUCGUGAAAACGAUCCUGAGAGUUUCGGAUCGAGCGACGGAGUACGCGGCGGGGGCGUUGCUAGCGCUUUGCACGGCGGAGGAGAGGUGGAGAGAUGAGGCGGCGGCGGCGGGAGUGGUGGUUCAGUUGUUGCUGAUAGUGCAGAGCGAGUGUACGGAGAGGGCGAAGAAGAAGGCACAGAAGCUAUUGAAGCUUCUGAGAGACUCGUGGCCUGACUACUCCUUCGCUAACUCCGAUGACUUCGUUUGCAGCCAAGUGGUCCCCUUCUGAUUUUCUUUCUUUUCAUUAUUAUUGUUUCACAGUAAUUAUUUUUUUUUAGUCUUUUUAUUUGUUUAUUUUUAAAAAAUUAGUAGCAAAGGAAAAAAAGAAAACACGGGAUGUGGUCAUUUUUUUGUUCUGUUGUGUGUAUUUGAUGGAAAGUUGUGAAGAAACAAAAUACACACAAGAUUUUUGAUGACCUUAAAUUAGGUUUUUUUUUGUGGUAUAUAUUGGUUUUUAUUGUUUUUCUGUAUGUAAGUAAUGAUUUCUCUUCUUAUUGAUUGGCUUUUUGAGUUGGGAAAAGUUGUUA